UAAUCGUGUAAAACCGGCGUUACACCCCCAUUCUUGUUUACUAAACAUAUCAUUCCAAUUAUAAAUUAACCUAAAAUUAUGGAUAAAUACGAUGUUAUUGGUUUGUUAGGUGAAGGUUCUUUCGGUAGAGUUUAUAAGGCAAAAGUGAUUUCAACCGAUAACUUCGUCGCGUUAAAAGUUAUAAGCAAAAGGGGUCGUUCAAAUAAGGAAUUAAAAGGAUUUAGGAGAGAAUGCGAAAUUCAACGGCAUUUACACCACCCAAAUAUUAUCCAAAUGUUGGAUUCUUUUGAAACUGAAAAUGAAAUUGUUGUCAUUACUGAGUUCGCACAUAAAGAAUUAAAUUUAAUUUUGGGUAAAGCUGGGUAUUUACCGGAGGAUAAAGUUCAAAAAAUUGUUUGGGAUUUAUUAUCCGCUUUGUAUUAUUUACAUUCUCACAGAGUUUUGCAUAGAGAUUUAAAACCACAAAACAUCUUAUUAGACGUAAACGACACAGCGAAAUUAUGCGAUUUUGGUUUUGCAAGAAAUAUGAGUACAGGAACGCACGUUUUGACCUCAAUAAAAGGAACUCCGCUGUAUAUGGCUCCAGAAUUAAUAGAAGAACAACCAUACGACCACAACGCUGAUUUAUGGUCACUUGGGUGCAUUAUUUACGAGCUCUUAGUGGGCGCUCCGCCGUUUUGUACAGCUUCUAUUUUACAUUUAAUUCGUUUAAUUAAACACGAACAAGUGCAAUGGCCCACUUUUAUAUCAGAAAGUAGUAUUUCAUUCCUAAAAGGUUUAUUACAAAAAAAUCCAAACGAUCGCCUAUCUUGGCCUGAAAUAUUGAAUCAUCCUUUCGUGGAGGGGCACAUUUUAAUCAUGGAAGAUGCCCCAACGAUGCCUUUAACCCGCCCUUUAUCCGCGCAUACAUUACAAGCGAAAGAACAACAAAGAAUUGAGAGAUUUAACCAAAAAACGACUCAAAAGGAGAUAUAUGGAAAAACGACUGAAAGAAUUCCAUCUAGAGAAAGUAAAGUAUCAAAUAGUUCGUUUAAAAGUUGUGGGGACAAAAAAACUAGCUUUAAAUCAACAGAACAAAAAGAUUCGACCUCAAAACUAAAUUCAACUGAAAAAAUUGCAUCAAAAGAAAGCAAUAAAUCAUUAAAAAUGAAUAAAAGCGAUUUAAAAAAAGACGUUGAUGAUUUAUGCGCUAUGUUAUUAUCGAAUAAUUUAGAAAACGACUCAUCUAAUUUGCAAUCUCAAUCAAAAAUAACUAAUUUAAACAUAAAUGAGGAUGUUAAACCCAUCGAAAAUGAGGAGUGGUUGGUGUUCUUACAAAGAACGAUUUUAGACGUUUUAAACGAAGAUUUAACAUCUUUAACACAAACGAAUUUGACUGAUAUUAUUGUUUCACCUCUCAGAAAUGCGAAUUCUAAUUCAAAAGUAAUUAAAUUAGUAGCGAAUGUAUUUUCUUUACCGUUUGUUUUAAAAAAUAUCUCUGAUAAUAAUCUAGAAACGAUUUUAAAAGUGUAUUUAGAAGUUAAAUUAAUUCCAAACUUGCUUUAUUCGUCUAAAUUGUUGUUAAAAAAUUAUCCGAAUUCGAUGAUUAAUUCUUCUAAUGAUUCCGCUUCAACGCCGAUUGAAAAACUUCCAGAAAUUAUAUUAAACCUCACCGAGAAUGAUCUCCAAGCGUUAGAAGAUAUUUUUUGUUUGAUUUGUUAUUUGAUACAUUCCAACGAUAAGUUUCUCCAUCAAUUUUGUGAUUCUAUUGUUGUUUUUAAUGUUUAUAAUUUAACAAGGCAAUUAUUAACGUUAACUAAAAAGAAAAUUAGAAUCGUUAAUGAUUUAUUGGCGAUUUUGACUCAAGUUUUGCGAAAAACGCCGGAAAAUUAUGAAUUAAUACAGAAAAUUUUUGAACCGGAAGAAGAGGAAAGUUUAGAUAUUGUUAGAAUGUUGAGGGAUUCUAAUGGAUUGUUGAGAGAAAGAGUUUGUAGGUUUUUGUCGUGUUUGGCACAAUAUGAUAAUAAAACUUUGGAAAAUGUUUGGAAUGAAGAAAUUAAAGACACUGUUGAAGCUUUGGUUUAUGAUUCUAUGGAGAAUGUUCGAAAUGCUGCUGAAACUUGUAUUGAACAUGUAAAAUGUUUGAAUUUUUAUACAAAGACGUUAAGUGACUAAAUUUCGUAAUCCAAUUAGGUAUUGUAUAAAAAUAAUCAGUAUUAUUAUGUUUAAUGUAAUAUUAUAUUUAU